AUGGAGAACGCCAAAGUGCGCGGCAACCAGCGCAAGAUGACGUUCCAGCGCCGCAAGAAGCCCGCGAACGCGCUGUGCGUGGACCCGUCGGCCGAGCCCACGCGCACGAGCACGUUCUUCGGCACAGUGGGCUCGCCGAUCAAAAUGGGGACUGCCGCGGCCGGGAUGGGGCGGCGGGCGCUCAAGUUGCCGCAACGGCCGCUCGCGCCCGUGGACGCGCCCGUGGACUCGGAAGCGGCAACGUUGGACGUCAACCAGAAGGCCGCGUUCCGCGAAGAGCUCCGGCGGCAGCAAAAGGCCAACCAACGGGCCAACCAGCGCGCCGAACAGGCCCACCGGGCGACGCCGCGGCCCGACAAGGAGCAAGGGCCGCCGCAGCCGUCGCCGCCGCCAGACGAGGCGUCCGUGGCCACUGUGCGGCAGGACCGCGGCGGCCGUCGCAACUCGACCGAGUUCUUGGGGCAACACAUGGAGCCCGUGCAGCAACUCAAGCUCGAUGGCGCCAAAAAAGCCAAAAUCCCGCACUUUCUCUCGGCCUGGUUCAACGCCGGCCACGACGACAUAAAAGAGCCCAGUGCCGCCACGCCCUCGGCCCUGGCGGCCACGGCCACGAGCGACGACGCCGUGUCGUCGACCAACACGGACGACACGAUCGUGAGCGGCCACGGGGACCACCAGCGCCUGGCGCACGCUGCGAAGCGCGACGGCCAGGGGGCACGCGCGCCGCCCGGGGCUGCAAUAGCUGCGGGGCUGGCAGCAGACAAAGACAGGACGACGAUUGUCGAAGGCGGGGCGAAAGCCCGUGGAAACGGAUACCGUCAACACAUCAAUUUUCACGAGAUCACGCUCGGCCGCAUGAUUGGCGAAGGCGCGUUUGGCAAAGUGCACGAGGGCAAGUGGCGGAACAAGAGCGUGGCGGUCAAGUUGCUCAUUUGCCAGGACUUGCGCAGCGACAUUCUGAAUGAGUUCCAGUCGGAGGUGGAGAUCAUGAGCGUCUUGCGCCACCCCAACAUCUGCCGCCUGCUGGGCGCGUGCAUGGAACCGCCGCACCGCGCGCUGGUGGUCGAGUUGCUGCAGCGCGGAUCGCUGUGGGGCGUCUUGCGCAUGAACCGCAAGUCGAUCGACCAGGAGAUGCGGUCGCGCUUCAUUUACGACACGGCCAAGGGCAUGUCGUACUUGCACCACUUUGAGCGCCCGAUCUUGCACCGGGACCUCAAGAGUCCGAACCUAUUGGUGGACAAGAAUUUUAACAUUAAGCUGUCGGACUUUGGCCUCGCGCGGGUUAAGGCGCACGUGCAGACCAUGACGGGAAACUGUGGCACAGUGCAGUGGAUGGCGCCGGAAGUAUUGGGCAACCAGAAGUACACGGAGAAGGCCGAUGUCUUUUCGUUUGGCAUUGUCAUUUGGGAGAUUGUCACGGGCGAGUGUCCAUACGACGGCAUGAGUCAGAUCCAGGCUGCGCUCGGCGUGCUGAACCGCAACCUGCGGCCUAAUAUCCCGCGCGACUGUCCGCCGUUUUUCUCGCGCUUGAUGAAAGCCUGUUGGAACCGUCAGCCGGAACUGCGGCCGAGUUUCCCGCAUAUCGUCAAUGCGUUCCGCACGUACCAGAGCUCUAUCUCAGAGUCACGGGCAACUAGCAGCGCGGCUGCAUCUGCUAAGGCCGCGAUGGCCGCGUCCGUUGCUGCUUCCUAG